GCACCGUGCUCCUCAGCAGCUGCCUGUGCCGGUCCGCUGCCGGCGGGGCCCCGGCGCAGCUGAUCGCCGCGUUGGAUGCGGUGGCGGCGAGCACAGGCGGCGGCGGUGCGGCAGAGGAGCGGGCGGCGAUCGAGGGGCGGACACUGAACGCUGGCGACGUCGGCGCGUUCAGGCGCCGCGCGGACGACCUGCGGGCGCAGCUUCAGCAGGGCGGGGCGGCGGCGAUGGCGGCGCGCUUGGCGGAGGUUGGAGGAGCCCUGGCCCAGGAGUGGAGCCCGCAGGGCCCGCCGCACGCCGGGGCGGCAGGCCACGGCGACGCCGGAGGGCGCGCGCUCCGCACGCGCUUUGCGCGCCUGGUGGCGGCCCGAGCCGUCGGAGACAUUUCCUGGCGGCGCUUUUUGGAUUGUGGCAAGUUUGUUGCUCUCCAGCCAGCUCUCGCGCCGCUCGUCGUGACCGCGACCGAGACCCUUCCGCCCGGCAUGAUCCUUGCCAGGCGAGGCCGAGUGUCCGUGCCGCUGUGCGGAGGCUCGGCUAUGCGGCCCGAAUCGGACGCGUGCCACGCGUGGCCGACGUCCGCGACUUGGCGCAAGCCUGCGGCCUUGGCCGCUCCGGUCCAGCUCAGCUACCUGACGUCGUUCACAACAGUGCUCUUGACCGCCCUCACCCUUUGGGUGAGGAUCAGCCGGGUUGCCCCGCCCGUCAGCAUGCCAGAGCCGCUCUCCGCGCCUUCGCUGCUGAACCCCGAGGCUCCUUCUUUCCAGAUGCCGGAGGCUUCGCCUGGGCCGGUCUUCGUGGAGAUCGAGGUGCAGAAGCGCACCGUUUCCUUCGACGUAGAGAAGUGCACUGCUGUGCCGAUCGACAGCGGUGCCAGCCGAGAUAUCGCCGCCGAGUUCAAGCAGAGCAUUUCCGAUCUUGCGCACCAGCAUUGCCCUGCCAUGCUGGGGCAGCUAGACACUCUGUUUGGCAAGUACACGGGCCAGGAGGACCUUCUUUACCUCAAGGUUUGCAAGAAGGUCGGAGUUCACCCGACGCCGAUCCGCCGCGGAGUGAACCGUCCUCCAGAUUAG